AAACGCUACGUGUCAUGAUGAGAAAGUCGUCCCGAUCUGGUUCUGUUCUUAUUGCGAAGAUAGUUAUUGACGACAUGUCGCCUUUUUUUGCGCACCUUUGUCUUUGUACAUUGCUGUUAUUAGAGAUUCAAGGGUCCGUGCAGGGGUUUCCUAGCAAUGAUUCAAGCGGAAGCAACGUUGUGGACCUCGCCCCAAGUAACGUAACUGAGACGGUGAGAUGGUCCAACUGGUCAGAUUGCUCGCUCUCCUGUGGCGGAGGGGAAAGGACCCGCAUCAAGCUUGUGCCAGACUGCAACAUCAGCACUUCCGCAGACGACGAGCCUGCCGAUAACUCCUCGGUUUGCGUAGACACCGAGUCUUGCAAUGCACACCGAUGUCCUGUCAAUGGCCAUUGGGAACCCUGGAAGCCAUGGUCUGUAUGCAGUACCACAUGCGGGCCAACUGGAGUACGAACGCGCCACCGAGAAUGCAAACCAUCUUUAGCGGAGAGGUACGGGGGAAACGACUGCGCCGGUUUAAAUCAACAAAUUAAAAGCUGCAACAGAAAAAACUGUCCAGUCCAUGGAGGGUGGACGGACUGGUCCGAUUGGAGUGAACCAACCAAGACCUGUGCAGAUUUCGUGGUCUUCAAAACGCGGACAUGCACAAAUCCUGAACCAAAGUAUGGUGGACAACCCUGUAUAGGUUCCUUUAGACAAGUCGAAUAUCGUAUCCAUGCGGUUUUUCCCAACUGUCCAGUUGACGGUGGUUGGUCCAGGUGGUCUUCUUGGAGCACAGCCUCGGUGACCUGCGGUAAACCCGUAGUUGAACGGACCAGAUCUUGCACGGAACCUCAGCCGCAGUACAACGGAAAAGAAUGUAAUGGCGCGCCACGACAGACGAAGGUGAUUGAUAAGGGGGUACCUUGUCCGAUUCAUGGUGGCUGGAGUGAAUGGGCGACGCUGACUGAAUCAUGUCCCCCGUCCAAGAGGUUAUGGGAGGGCAGAUCCUGUAUCAAUCCCACACCGAAGCACAAGGGAAGGUUAUGUAAUGGGACCUCUCAAAGGCAGGUGACCUGUGAGCCGGUUCGAGUCAAUGGUGGAUGGUGCGAGUGGGAGGCUUGGGGUCAGUGUUCAAAGUUCUGUUACCAAAAUAACAAAACGGAGCAGUUUAGGCAAAGGAUUAGAAAAUGCGAAUGCCCAAAGCCUGAAAAUGGCGGCCAAGUUUGCGGCAAUGCUGAAUCCGAGACGUCGGACUGCGCAAAGAACGAUCAACAACAAUGCAAUCCUCCCACAAGGGCACCGUGUAAGAAGGCAGAUACAUCCGAUUCUGAAAACGGGUAUGACUAUGGAGGUGAUUAUGGCAACGGGGAAGGAGGAGAGGAAGUCACUACAGCUGGACCACAAUAUGGAAACUAUGACGACUAUGGCGAUUGUUAGGAAACAUGACAGUGAUUAUCAUAGUACACAUCUCAUGCUAUGCUAUCCUAUGUGUCCAGUGAAUAUAUUCACUAGGUAUUUCGUUUGGAGGUGGAGAAGGUCUACAAGCGUGAAAUGAUUAUCGAAAAAGAUGCACUGGUUGCCAUUCUAUGUAGAUUAGGAUAUUUGGUGGUGAGAUCGAUCCGCCAAGGCUUAAAAAAAUGGGUAACUGCCAAAAAGCAUGUCAAUUGGCCAGGUCCACAUAAAGCAUCAAAAAGUAAAAAACCGAGUUUUCAAUUA